CCCCUUUAGUAAAUAAUGGUCCAAUUAUUGCGACGCGGUGGAUGCGAUUUUGGUCGUUAUCAGUGCAGAUUUUUACCGACUAUAGAGAUGCGAAAACUCAUCGUAGUGAUCUGUGUUUGUUUAUGUUUGGCGGCGUGUUGGGGAGCAAGGGGCGGCGGACGUGGAGGAAAACACGGUCGUGGGAGGGGCCGCAUUUUCAAUUCGAGAGUACCUCCCAUCAUCCAGCACCGAAAUCCGGCUUCGGCCAGUUACUACGAGAAUAAGGACGGUGCUAAAAUCGUAAAAGCCAGCCAUUUCGAGCUGGAGUACAUGCUAGGGCGGAAAAUCACGUUUUUCUGCAUGGCGCAGGGGUACCCCCGGCCUGAGAUCACGUGGUUCAAGGACGGGAUCGAGCUGUACGCCCAUAAGUUCUUCCAGGUGCAUGAGUGGCCCCUGGGGAACGAUACGGUGAAGAGCAAGAUGGAGAUCGACCCAACGACGCAGAAAGACGCAGGAUAUUACGAAUGCCAGGCCAAUAAUAAGUACGCCAUUGAUACUAGAGGGUUCCGGACCGACUAUGUCAUGGUCACUUAUUGAACUGCAUGUCUAAAUAAAGGGAUUUAAAAUGGAA